AUGAAGCCUUGCGCUUCAAAGAGGCAUGCUGGGAAGCAGCACGCAGCAGCCCUGGCCUGCCCCUCAGGACCAAAGGAUAUCAAGCACCUUUUGAGCCUUGAGGAAUCCUUGAAAGCUGCCCAACAAGUCUGCAACCGGCUGCAAGAGCGUGAGGAUGUCAAGGCAACAGUCAACAGCAGGAAUUUUCUUCAGAAAUUUGUUAAGAGCGCCACUGCCCAUGGCAAGCUCUGCUGUUCCACUAUUGCCGACCAAUCUCGCAGGGUAAAGGCAAUUGGAUUGCAAGAUGGGAGAAGCAUGGCGGAGGAAGAUGGUGGUGGGGUCUACGAGGGCCUUUUCUUUGAUGAAGAAGGAGAGCCAACUCACCGCUACACCGGCAUGACCACCAACUUUCCCUGCCGUUACCAAGAGCACAUUGUUGCUUGCCUGUACUCACUGUUGGUCCACUACGAUGCUGCUCGAGAGGCAGAGCACUUGCCAUUAGCUUCUGUGCUCAACCCUUCCCUCUCCCCUCACUUUGCGGCACUGGUCGAUGCAGAGUGCUCACUUGUUGCCGUUCGCGACCGCCUUUUCCCCUUCCCCAACCCCAACAUGGUACCGCCUGAGGAGCUCGACAUCAAUGCUCGUGCUUCCGGGUCCGGCAGCGCAUAA